AUGUCUAGCCUGUGCACACUUCUGACACCAUCCAGUCAAAUUUCAUCGCGCAUACGAUGUCAAAAUUGUGGUAUUCAAAUGAAUCAAGUCAGUUGGAAACAAUGUGUAAUAUGCAAAAAGUUUAAUUUAUGUGAUGAAUGUGCAUUGUCAGAUGUUGAAUUAGAAUCUGAAGCAAUUGUUUAUCAUACACAGUUACAUAAGAAUAUUGGAUACCAUGAGUCUAUCGGUUUGAGUGAAUGUAUGCAAUGGACACAGGUCACGGAAGAUCUUGAAGAUGCAGAAACAAGAGUAAAAGAAUUUUCUCGUAUAAUGAAUGAGAAUAUAAUUCGAAAUGAUUAUGAUAUGUCUGUUGUUACUGCAACAUUAAAGGAAAUGGGAAAUAGAUCACAAUCACCAUCUGAACAACAAGAACGGCAACAAUUGGCUUGCAUGAUCGUAGACUAUCAUACACAAGGAUACGGAAGAAAUAUACGUGUAUUGAGCUUAGAUGGGGGUGGUAUACGUGGUUAUAUGCCCAUUCAAAUUCUUUCUCAUGUAAUAGCAAAGAAAUAUCUUCCAGAUAUACAAUUUAAUUCUGACAAUUCAGAACAUAGAGAACGAUUUAAACAAGUUCAAUCACAAUUUACAAAUCAUUUUGAUUAUUUAGUAGGUACUAGUACUGGUGGACUUAUUGCUUUUUGUUUGGCUGUUAACUAUAGUAUAUUAGAUAUGAAAGAUAUAUAUUCAAAUUCUUCUUACUACUUUAAACGUAAUUGGCUUGGCCCCUUAUUAUCGGCCAAAUAUGAUCCCAGUCGUAUACACGCUAAAAUUGAUGAAAUUAUUGGUACAAUUACACUAAAAAACGGCAAGCAAUUAUCAGCUGAAAAUGCUACUUUACUUGAUAUACGUAAUUUCUUAAAUCCUGAUCGUAUGAUUAAUGAUAAUGAAUUAACAUCAUUGUCUUUAUCUCAUGGAAAUUUGUUAGAAUUUGUUGAUGAUACUGAGCAAUAUGACAGUGGAACUUGCAAUAUCAAGGUUAAUCGUGUUAAACGCGAAAAAGUAUUGCUUAUUGCUGCUUACAACUCAACAAUAAGUAGUAUUACCAUGUUUAAUACAAGUUAUGCUGAACACUGGCACUAUCGUAUAGCAGAUGUAUUAAAGGCGACAAUGGCUGCUCCUUCAUAUUUUCCACCACAUAAAUUACACAAAGGAAACGUUGAAAACGGUCAUUUUGUACCAGAUAAACAUCAUGAAAUAUUUAUUGAUGGUGGUGUAUUCGCCAAUGAUCCAGAAUUAAUAGCAUUAUGGGCAAUACGAAUGCAGUGGAAAAAAAUGGUCAAUUAUCAUUUACUUUCUAUAGGUACAGGACACUACGUUGAAGAAGUAUCAGCACCAACCUGGGGUGGCUAUUUAGGAUGGAUAUUCAACAAAGGAUUACUUAUUACUACAUUAAUGGAAGCUACACGUAGUUUUACGGAAAUAAUUACAAAUAAUUUAGCUAAAUUCAAUGAUAUCAAACGGAUGAAAUUCAAUUUUAGAAUAAAAAGAUCUAUGGCUUUAGAUGAUCCAAGUUUUGUCUACGAAUUUGAUAAGGAAUGGAAAAUUUUGAAAAAUGGAGAAGACUUUCAAACAUUAAUUGCUUUUUAUAACAAGUAUGUUGAUAUGGGACCAAAUUAA